GAAAACAAUUCGAAGCAAUGAAGAAGUGAGGUCCAAAUAUGAUUGACGAUGCGGGAGUGAGCGAUUGGUGGGUGGGUGAUCUUUGCCGACUCCUGUCGGAGUUUACUAUGCUAAACCACAGGUCCUCUGAUAUACCGACAACUGACCCUUUCCUCUCUAGUCUCUACCGUUAGAUCCAAUCUCCAACUCCCCACGCUCUUCCCUUCACCACCUGUUUCAUUAUUCCAUGCUCUGUACUUUUCACUAAUUCUUGGAAUCAGCAUAUUCCAGCUCUCGCAGAUCUGUCCGCCGUCACUUCUCCCGCGGGAAGAUGGCGUCUUUAGCUCUCACUUCAGCCGCGAACCUCCGUCUCCGCCCACUUCCAUGUAACAAGCCCCGUCUCUGUUCUGCUCGAUCUCAGCAGUUCAGCUUCAAAUCUGACGAAACUAAAGUUUUACUUGCGUCCUCGCUCAGGGUCGGGGCGAGGAAUGAUAUCCGCUUCGUGCCGCGCCACCUGGUGAAGGCGGCGGCUGCAUCUGAACCAGGGGAGUUGGUCCCGGCAGCCCCGAAGCAGCAGAAGUUGCAGAAUGUGGAGCCUUGGCGCGGCGCCUCGAUUCUGCCACUCAUCGCAACAAUCGCAACAGGGGUCGCUCUAUGGUAUGUUCCGCAUCCCGCUGGGGUUUCACGGAAUGCGUGGCAGCUGUUGUCUAUUUUCCUCGCGACCAUUGUGGGAAUCAUUUCCCAGCCUCUGCCACUCGGUGCUGUGGCGUUAAUCGGCCUCGGCACUUGCGUGUUGACGAAAACCCUUCCCUUCGUAGCCGCAUUCUCCGCCUUCGGCGAUCCAAUCCCCUGGCUAAUUGCACUCGCGUUUUUCUUCGCCCGCGGGUUUAUUAAAACGGGGUUGGGUAAUAGAAUUGCCUACCAGUUUGUGUCGUUAUUCGGUAGCUCUUCUUUAGGCCUAGGUUACAGUUUGGUAUUCAGCGAAGCUCUUUUGGCGCCGGCGAUUCCAUCUGUUUCUGCCAGGGCCGGAGGCAUUUUCUUGCCACUGGUGAAGUCGCUUUGUGUGGCUUGCGGCAGCAAUGUAGGUGAUGGGACAGAGCACAAGUUGGGGUCUUGGUUGAUGUUAACAUGCUUCCAGACAUCUGUGAUUUCUUCGUCUAUGUUCUUGACUGCAAUGGCUGCGAAUCCUUUAAGUGUCAAUCUGACUGAGGCCACGAUUGGUCAUGCAAUUGGGUGGAUGGAUUGGGCUAAAGCUGCCAUUGUGCCAGGUUUGGUUUCUUUGAUUGUAGUUCCAUUGCUGCUAUACAUUAUCUAUCCACCAACAGUGAAGAGUAGCCCGGAUGCACCUAAGCUUGCAAGGGAAAAUUUGGAGAAGAUGGGACCUAUGUCUAAGGAUGAGAUCAUUAUGGCUGGAACACUGCUACUAACGGUUGGACUCUGGGUUUUUGGUGGUGUGUUAAAAGUUGACGCUGUGACUGCUGCAAUAAUUGGAUUAUCUAUCCUCAUGGUGACUGGAGUUGUCACUUGGAAGGAAUGCUUAGCUGAAUCAGUUGCUUGGGAUACUCUGACCUGGUUUGCUGCUCUCAUUGCAAUGGCUGGUUACCUGAACAAAUAUGGCCUUAUCUCCUGGUUUAGUGAAACUGUUGUUAAGGUUGUUGGCGGGUUAGGUCUUUCAUGGCAGCGGUCAUUUGGCAUUUUAGUUCUUCUAUACUUCUACUCUCACUAUUUCUUUGCAAGUGGAGCUGCUCAUAUCGGGGCGAUGUUUACAGCAUUCUUGUCCGUCGCUAGUGCACUUGGUACGCCACCAUUAUUGGGAGCACUGGUGCUCUCUUUCGUCUCCAACCUUAUGGGCGGCAUCACGCACUAUGGUAUAGGAUCAGCACCUGUAUUCUUUGGUGCAAACUAUGUUCCUCUUGGAAAGUGGUGGGGCUACGGGUUAUUGAUCUCAGUUGUUAAUCUCAUUAUUUGGCUUGGAGUUGGGGGAAUCUGGUGGAAGGCUAUUGGGUUGUGGUAGAGCUGCUUGAAGUGGUAGCAUGAUAUGAGGACCCUAGUUUUUGUGGUUAUUCAAGAUUAACCACGUUUUGGGGGCAAUUGUGUUGGUGUUUUUUGUUGUUGUCAUUCUUUACCUUAGCAAAUAAUAAUUUAAUGGAGACAUUAUAUAUUGGAAUGGUGGAUGAACAGCCUUAGGUCCAUUUGUACACUUAGGCCAAUCUAUGAUUUGUAUUCUUACAAUUGAUUUUUGACACGGAAACAUGGAAUGGAAAUGUUGUCAUGUUUUGAUAGAUUGGCCGGCCAGAUUCCUACAUCCCCACUCUCAAUUUUGGGACUAACCACUCAUUAUUCAGCUUUUGAAAUUGUUU